AUGGUUGUAGGGAGGUACUUCUUGGCCGCUAUGAGGGGGGCUACAAUCUUAAAGGCAGCAGAUGACAAGACACGACAGCUAAACAAGCACACGCUCAUGGCAUUUUCCGGUGAGGCUGGAGAUACAGUUCAAUUCGCCGAAUUUAUACAAGCAAACACCCAAUUAUACUCCAUGCGAAACCAAACCGAGCUCGGCCCCUCCGCAGUUGCCCACUUCGUACGUGGAGAGCUGGCGAGAAGCCUUCGAUCAAGAAGCCCAUACACAGUCAACCUGCUCCUUGGCGGCGUGGACCCCAUUACAGAGAAGCCCAGUCUGUACUGGCUGGAUUACCUAGCGUCGCUGGCACAGGUUCCAUAUGCCGCCCAUGGCUAUGCUCAGUACUACUGCUUAUCCAUCCUUGAUAAGCACCACCACCCUGAUAUCUCAUAUGAACAAGGCUUGAAACUCCUUGAGAUGUGCUCAGACGAGCUAAAGCGACGAUUACCCAUCGAUUUCAAAGGGGUUUUGGUCAAGGUUGUGACCAAAGAUGGAAUCAAAGAUGUUGAUUUUGAAGAAGCGAAUAGCAGACAAGUUCGAAGUGCUUAG